CAUCAGAAGUGAUAAAAGGCGCUGGCAAAAUCAGGUGUCUUCUAUAUAGUUGUUCAUCUUGUCCAGUGAAGCAAUAAUUUUUCAAGUGAUCGUUUUUUUUUCGAAAAUGUCUUAUUCAACUCUCAGCGUGGCUAUUUUAGCCAUCAUUGUGAUAAGCUCUUGUAAUGGACAAUUUCAACGUCAACGACAGGUUGUCGAUCGUAAUCGCGUUGAUUACAACAAAAAACCAGUAACAUCACCAGCCACUCCAGCAUCAUGCCCUGACAAACAGGGCCGUUAUCCUGUUCAAGGACAGUGUGAUGCCUAUAUUGAGUGUAUCGACGGUGUUCCAACAGAAAAAUUAUGUCCCGAUGGUUUGUUAUUUAACAUUAACGCUCGAUUCAACUAUCCAUGUGGAUAUCCCAUCGAUGUCAAUUGUGAAGGCCGACCCCAACUUCAACGAGCAGCACCAACUGAUGAUUGUCCUCAUCAGUAUGGAUACUUCAAGCUUGGUGAUGAUGUUGAUUGUGGACGAUUUAUGAAUUGUGUUGAUGGUGUUGGUUUUGAAUUCAAUUGUCCAGAAGGACUCGCUUUCAGCAAAGACACAUAUCGUUGUGAUUAUCCUGAUCAAGUAUCAGAUUGCAAUGCUGAAGCUUACCUUAAAUUCACCUGCCCGCCAGUUGAACAAAAUAGUUUUUUGCAAGAUGAAAUACGUCUUCUUCGUAGUCCACAUGACUGUCAGCAUUAUUACCUCUGUGUACGAGGUCAACCCCGACUUUUGAGCUGCGGUGAAGGGAAUGCCUUCAAUGAGUUAACAAAUGCUUGUGAUGCUGCUGAGAAUGUAACCGGAUGUGAGCCACCAUUUAUGAAGGAAGAUCCUACUGGGCCUCAGAGCGUUCGACGAUCACGAACAAGGUUAUUCAAUUAGAUAAAUACGUUAUCAACAUAAGGAAGUGAAGAAAAUAAAAUCAAAAUGUAUUAUUGAAGUAAAUAAAUAAUCAUAUUAAGUUAUCGAAAAAUUAAACAAAU